GCAAGCAAAUUACCCACUCCCAUUUUGCUUCAGUUACCUCAUGAAUCCGCUGCUGACGGCCGCCGCCGCCGUCGUCUUGUGCUUCCUCCUCCAUGGCGCGGCCGCCUCCGGCGACCCGUUCCCUCCACGGUUCAACUCCAUCUUCAGCUUCGGGAGCUCCUACUCCGACACCGGCAACUUCGUCCUCCAGUCCGCCGGCCUCCCGUCCAUCCCCUUCAACCACUCCCCCUACGGCGACACCUUCUUCCGCCGCCCCACCGGCCGCCCCUCCGACGGCCGCCUCCCCAUCGACUUCAUCGCGGAGGCGCUAGGGCUCCCACUCGUGCCGCCGUUCCUGGCGAAGGAGGCGAACGACUUCGGCGGCGGCGGCGGCGCCAACUUCGCCAUCGUCGGCGGCACGGCGCUGGACGUCGGGUUCUUCAUCCGGCGCAACAACGCGAGCGUGCCGCCGUUCCAGAGCUCCCUCCGCGUGCAGAUCGGGUGGCUCCGGAGCCUCCUGAGGCGCGCCGGCAACGCCACCGCGGCGGAGCGCCUCGCGACGGCGCUGUUCGUCGUCGGCGAGUUCGGCGGCAGCGACUACAGGUACCUCCUCUCCGGCGGCAAGAGCCUCGAGCAGGCCAAGUCCUUCGUGCCGGAGGUCGUGCGAGCCAUCUGCCGAGGCGUCGAGAGGCUAGUGGAGGAAGGAGCGAGGUACGUGGUGGUGACGGGGACGCCGCCGGCGGGGUGCAUGCCGAUGGAGCUGACCAAGUACGCGGCAGCCAACGCGUCGUCGGCGGCGGCGGCGUAUGAUCGUCGGACGGGGUGCCUCCGGCGGCUCAACGGGCUGGCUCAGUACCACAACUGGCUGCUCCGGGAGGCUGUGGAGCGCAUGCGCGGCAAGUAUCCGACGACGAAGCUCGUCUACGCCGACUUCUACAAGCCGGUGGCGAGCCUCGUCCGGCGACCGGCAAAGUUCGGUUUCACGCAGCAACCACUGAAAGCUUGCUGCGGCGGGGGCGGGCCGUACAACUACAACCCUGGAGCGGCAUGCGGCUCACCGGGCGCGUCAACCUGCGGCGACCCGUCGGCCUACGUCAACUGGGACGGCAUCCAUCUCACCGAGGCCGCAUACAAGUACGUCGCCGGCGGCUGGCUCAACGGCGUCUACGCUUACCCGUCCAUUCUUAGCCUCUUGGCCCAAUAACCAAGGUAGCUAGUGCGGAUGAUUUUGUACGUCAGUAGUAUGUACGUGCAUUUUGUAUGUCAAUAGUCUGCUAUUGAGCUUGACUUUGAAAUGACCGGAUAAUUUGGACAGCGAGUAUAUCUAAAUUCAUAGUAAUAAAAUACAUGAUAUAUUCUUGGA